AUGAAGCGAGUUGAUAGUUUUUUAAUAUGUUUAGAGUUGGAAACUGGUGGAAUAAUUGUUGGAUGGAUGUACAAUUUAAUCAGUUUGAUUUCCAUUGUUUUUUUCAUCUUGGUAGCUACUGAAAUAGGAAAUGACACGUUGGCUGAUGAAACAUUAAAAAGUUUUGGAGUUCAAGACGCUGAAAGAAUGGAAAAAGACCCUAGGAAUUCAUUGAGAAUUGGUUGA